CAAAAUCAGAAUUUUGGGAGAUAUUCUAACUGGCAGAGAAAUCCAUCUCAAAGAAUAGAAGAUGAUCAUAUGCCUAAUAUUGGCAUGGGAAGAAUUUGGGGUAGGGUAUUAGAUCGUGCAUUUGAUAAUUCUGACAGACGUCAAUAUGGAAUGGGUGUAAUAGGAAGAUUGUUCAGACGAUCUUUUAAUAAAAAAGUUAUGAACAGACGAGAUGUAAAACAACAACUAGAUGAUUUAGAAGACCAUAGACCAUUUUUCACUUAUUGGGUAACAGUGGUUCAAAUUUUGGUGCUAUUUCUUUCAAUAUUUUCUUAUGGAUUGGGUUCUUUUGGAAUUGGCCUUAGUCAUCAGUCUGGAGCUGUUAUGGUAACUAGUUUGUCUGUACAAAUAAUUGAAUACAUAGAGCCAUCUAAUUUUUGGAUUGGUCCUAGAGCUGCUGAUUUAAUACACUUAGGUGCUAAAUUUGCACCUUGUAUGAGGAAAGACAAAAAUAUAACAGAUGAAAUAGAAAAAUGGCGUAAAAAAGAGAGAGAAACUGCGUGUUGUAUAAGAAAUGACGAUUCAGGUUGUAUUCAAGCAUCAAAAGAACAAUGCACAGUAAGAUAUUCCUUAUUAUUUAUAUUUUAUGUAAUUGAGUUAUAUGGCUCAAUUAUAUUAUGAGGAAAUUUAAAUUCA